AUGCUUCAGGAUCGUAUCAAAGGUGCUUUAAGAAAUGCUCAUCAGAAGCAACAAAAGCAACUGGAAUCAGUGUCGCUAGGGGAUUUGAGAUUCUGUAAAGAGGUCCUGGAUGAUCUACUGGAAUUAGUCGCGUUCCUUGACCGUGGCUGCUCGUCAUGGAUUGUUCAGGACAUGGUACCUCAGCGCCCACGGCCAGAACCUAUUCAGUCCUCACAGCAACAUCACCAAUACCAGAGUUGCGACCCUGAUGAAUCGACUGGAAAUGAACUUCUUGGCGACUUUCAAUGCAUCAUGAGCCGGGUUGAGAACCUUGCUACGAAGUGCAAGGAUGGGAUAGAGGUGAUUCUUAGCGUCGCACAGCUUCGCAAAUCCCAAAAGGCCAUUGACCAAGCUGAAGAAGUCAAAAAGCUGGCCAAGUUGGUCUUCUUUCUCGCUCCUCUUUCCUCUGCUUCCUCGUUGUUUGGCAUGAACUUUGUAAACCUUGACUGGAAGUUGUCGCUUGGUAUUUUUUCCCUGCUAGACUUCAUUCUUCUGGUGAUACUUUUGGCAGUUGCCUUUGAUGUCCAGAGUGCUUGGCGAGUUGCUCUCCGAGUUCUGCUGGUCAAAACCUUCGCCGACUUGUUUGCAAAGAAGCAGUGCGCACUCAGAUUCGGGCAAAGGUUCAAGAUCCCGUCCCUGGACGGCCAAGUCAGUCUUGGCCAAAGAGUUGCGAGACGUGAUCAAAACAGAGCCGUGCUCGUUGUCCAGCGGCAAAAAGUCCCCAAAGGUAUCAAAGUUGUCGACAUUGUCAAGUAUCCCUUUAAACGCCGCAACUGCAGUCACAUGAUUCCCAGCGAUCUCCCACUAAUGGGAGGGGCAGAGACACUUGCUGUGGCUGAUGACCUUAUUCCCAUGCUCGUUUCUAUCAAGAAGACCGAGGCCCAGCCCGAUGUCUUCGAAACUCUGGGCAUGUUCUCCUCAUCAGCUUGA